AUGCCAACACUGUGUGCACAUGCAGAACUGAAAGGUAUGUCCUGGUUACCUCUGUUCCUUAUCUUGCUGGCGGUAGCAGAAGUUUCAGCUUCUGGUUUAAGCGGUCCUGGCUCUAAUCCUGGCUCUAAUGACUACGACUAUGUUGCUGCUGCUGCAGCAGCAGAGAGCCUUACUGGCAUGGUUGUUUUAAUCUUUAUCUGCUGUGGAUGUUGUGCAAGCUGUGGGGUUGCAAUAUAUUUUUGCUGUGUAAGACAAGGUCGUCAUGGUCAGACAGGAAGGGUCAUAACUGCUCCCGAAGCUACGGGCCAAUUACAAACGACAAAUUGUGGACAGAAUCAGGCAAAGACACCCUCUCCCGUUUACCCUCCUAAUCCACCCUACCCAACAGGUGCAAGUAGUGCACCGUACCCCACGCAACCAGCGGCUGGGGCCUAUCCGCCACACCCUUCUCAACCAACAGUUGGGGCAUAUCCGCCCUACCCUUCUCAACCAGCAGUUGGGGCAUAUUCGCCCUACCCUUCUCAACCAGCAGGUGGGGCAUAUUCGCCCUACCCUUCUCAACCAGCAGGUGGGACCUACGCGCCCUACCCACAAAACCCUUCGUACCCAGGAGGUCAUAAUGCGGGUUAUCCUAAUAUGGACAAUCCUCCCAGCCAUGGUGCAGGAGGAACUCAGCCGCCGAGUUAUUUUGAGAGUCAAAAUAUACAGCCAGCUGUAUCUAAUGAACAGAACGUGCAAUCUGGAGCCCCUGAAGGGGCUUCGGGUGGUAAUUUUCCGGAUGUUGUAGCUCCAAAUUACGAAGCAGAAGCUUAG